UCACAAGUGUCUCUGUGUGUGUAUAUAUAUAAAUACCCCCACACCAAUAUGAUCUAUCUUCAACAAUCUUAAUUAGAUAUUUACAGAUAUCUCCAAUGGCACUCCAGGCUACUACAUCUUCUUUCGCCGUCCACAAAGAGGCUUCUUUGAAAGACUCCACCCUAUUUGGAGUACCACUGUCAACUCAUCUUAAAGUCGACUUCACAUCAUCAAAGAACAGGAAGGAAUUCACCCAAAGGGGGGCACUCAAAACAAAAGCUGUAGCCACCACAACUCCAUCAGUCAACCAGGCAUCAACCGAGGGCAAGAAAACCCUAAGAAAAGGUACAGUCGUCAUCACCGGAGCUUCCUCAGGUCUAGGUCUAGCCACAGCAAAAUCUCUAGCAGAAACUGGAAAAUGGCACGUGAUAAUGGCUUGCAGAGACUUUCUAAAAGCAGAAAGAGCUGCCAAAUCAUCUGGAAUGCCAAAAGAAAACUACAGAGUCAUGCAUCUAGACCUAGCAUCACUCGACAGUGUCAGACAAUUUGUAGCAAACUUCAAACAAUCAGGUCAACCUCUGGAUGUGUUAGUCUGUAACGCAGCUGUUUACUUACCAACUGCAAAAGAACCCACUUACACAGCCGAUGGUUUCGAGCUAAGUGUUGGGACAAAUCACCUUGGUCACUUCCUUCUUGCACGCCUACUGCUCGACGAAAUGAAACAAUCAGAUUACCCUUCAAAAAGACUCAUAAUUGUUGGGUCAAUCACGGGUAACACCAACACUUUAGCUGGAAAUGUUCCCCCAAAGGCUAACUUAGGAGACAUGAGGGGUUUAGCAGGUGGUCUAAACGGGCUUAAUAGUUCUGCCAUGAUCGAUGGUGCUGAUUUUGAUGGAGCAAAGGCGUAUAAAGACAGUAAGGUCUGUAACAUGCUGAUGAUGCAGGAAUUCCAUCGCCGAUUCCAUGAAGAAACUGGAAUCACAUUCGCUUCUUUGUAUCCUGGUUGUAUUGCUACAACAGGUUUGUUUCGGGAGCAUAUUCCGUUGUUCAGACUCCUAUUCCCUCCCUUCCAAAAGUACAUCACCAAAGGGUAUGUUUCAGAGGAUGAAUCCGGAAAAAGACUUGCUCAGGUUGUGAGUGAUCCAAGUUUGACAAAAUCGGGUGUUUACUGGAGUUGGAAUAAUAACUCAGCUUCAUUUGAGAACCAGUUGUCAGAAGAAGCUAGUGAUGUCACCAAGGCACGUAAAGUAUGGGAGAUUAGUGAGAAACUUGUUGGGUUAGCUUAGUUUUGGUUAAAAUGUGAGCGAGCAUAGGAAAUGGUUUGAAUGAUAUCCGGUAAUAAAAUCACUAGCCAUUUAGAGGCUGUUUUUCUUAUCA